AUGACAACAGUGCUGACAACGGCUGCCCAUAGCGCAGGAUAUGGAGAAUAUCGGCAGCGUGGCACGCCUAUAGAUGUCGCUGAGCCGCCGCCACGGAUGACUCAAACCGCGCUGUUCAGGCCUCCGUCGUCGCAACUGGCUGAUGGCCCAUCGACGACUUUGGGGCUCAAGCACACAGGCGCUCAUUCAGUCUAUCGGUCUCGCCGGCCGAUGAUGUCACUCGACCUGGCGGUGAUGCAUUCUUACCCUGAUUGUGCUCUGUCGUUGGCGGUUGAGAAAUUUCAACGAAACACUGCUGGCGACGAUCACGGGACCGUGUGCAUGCAAAAUGACUGCAUUCCUUCUCCCAGCUCUGUUUCUGUUCGGGCGUACCACGAAUGA